UCCAACCGUGCGGGUGGCCACGCGCGUGCCAAUAAGAACACCAAACAAGAAAUUGGAAACUAACAAUGAGAUUUUCGCAAAAUAACACUUAAAUCGUCAACAAAAAAAAAUAAAUAUAAAAAUAACAACAAAGCGUGUUUAGCAGUGAGAGUGCAAGACAACGUGCAGCUGCGCCCAACGCACAACAUUUUGGAUAAGCUACUUGCAAACCAAUUCAGGUAUGUGGCCUAGACCUUGAGCAAAACAACGACGACAUUGUAAUUGGGUUACUUAACAUCUUAAACAUGCGCUUUGAGCCGCUGGGUCAGAAAAUGUUCACACGCCGUAACUGGCUGCUGCGGUGCAGUAUUCUCAUAAAUGUGGCUGUUCUGCUCUAUAUCGGCUGCAUUGUGAUGAAUGGCGGAGGCAACAAUUUCACCAGCGGCGGCGGCUUUUUGUUGCAGGAGCAACAGCCGCCCGCAGCAGCUUCGCUACAGGCUGGUCCACUACUCCCACAACAGCCGCCCACGUCAAAAAAUGCAGAGGCGGCUUUUGCGGAGGAGAAACUCUUAGCCGUCGGAACAGGCAAUGCCAACUCAGAGUCUGCGGCAGCUGCAGCACCGCCGGCCGCAGUAGUCAACGAUAGUGGUGGCGGCAGUGGCUUGUCCUCAAAUUCAAUUGAUCCUGUCCAGGUGGUUGGCAACAUUGGCAGCAGCAGCUCAAUGUCAGAGCUGAACAACACACAGCCGGAUAGCUACAUAGUCACCGGCGAUGAGAAGGAGCUGGAUGAGCGCGUGCGAACGCUGCUCAAUUGCUUUGAGCACGAUUACAAUCAGCAGACGCUGCAACGCGGCGACUUCUGGGUGCUCCAGAACUAUGUGAGGGCCGAUCAUGGCGAACUUAAGUGCCACGAGUCCAUUACCUACACAACGCACGCGGAUUACACCUUUCUGGACAAUCUGGUGCCGCUGCUACAACGCUGGAACGCACCUAUUAGCAUAGCUAUGCAUGCGCCCGGCACGGACUUUCAGCCCACGCUGGACUCCAUCAAGUAUUUGCGGGACUGUGUGCCCGAUAAUCAGCUAGUGCGCGCCUAUGCCACCUUCCACGUUUACUUCGGCACUAAGCACAUACCCAAGAGCGUGCCCAAGGCACAGGAUGCUCUCAAGACUGGCUAUAACUGCUCGCUGCCGGCGCCCUACUUCAAUGUCAGCUCCGGACAUUUGUACAAGGCGCAGAAGAAACUGCUCUACCCGGUCAAUGUGGGUCGCAACAUUGCGCGCGAUGCUGCCCUCACACACUUCAUACUCGCCUCGGAUAUUGAACUGUAUCCCAAUCCUGGACUUGUCAAGAAAUUCCUCGAGAUGAUUGCUCGCAACGAACAGUAUCUGCGGCGCAAGGCGCCCAGAGUUUUUCCGUUGAGCAUAUUCGAGGUGGAUGAGAAUUCGCCGGUGCCACACGAUAAAACGGAGCUGCAAGAAUUUCUGCGGAAUGGCAAGGCCAUACCCUUCCAUAAGCGCGUGUGCGCCAGUUGCCACGGCGUGCCCAAGUCCAAGGAGUGGAUGGCAGCCAACGAGACGGACGAGCUAAGUGUGUUUCACAUAGGCAAGCGCACCGGCUACUAUGUGCACUGGGAGCCCAUUUACAUUGGCACCCAUGCAGAUCCCCACUACGACGAGCGGCUCAGCUGGGAGGGCAAGAGCGACAAGAUGACGCAGGGUUACUCGCUGUGCGUGCUGGACUACGAAUUUCACAUACUGGACAAUGCUUUUCUGGUGCACAAGCCGGGCAUCAAAGUGCUGAAGAAGGACAAUCGGCGCGCGAUGCUGGCGGGCAAGACGAAUCAGCUGAUACGUAAGAUCAUCUAUCCCGAAUUGAAGAUCAUGUACGGCAUGCGCAAGGGCUGUGCGAUAUAGUAACUAAUCAUGAAGCACAGUUGAGCACCGACUUCAUCGCAACUACAGCAGCAACUGCAGCGGCUGCAUAAGCAAAAGCAAGAGGAGCGAAACACACUAUUUAUAUUUGCAAUGCUAUAGAGAGAGAGAGACGGAGAGAGGGAGAGAGAGAGACCGAUGCAGAUGGCCAUGCCAUGCAGAUGUCCUUCUAUCCUAUAUAUAUACUAUAUCCUAGAGGCCCUUCCUUAUGGCGCGCUCGUCUACGUGUACAUGUGUAUGUGUGUGUGUGCGUGAGUGUGCGUAUAAGUGUAUAUGUUUGUGUGUGUGUGUGCGUUCUACAGAUAGUUAGUGUUAGGUAGUUAGCUUAGGCCUAGAGAAUUACUUAGGUUUAUAGACGAGCCGAGUUCGGAGCGGGUGUUUUUUCUACUCUUUAUGCAUAAGCGAAGCCUUAGGAGCACGGCUUAAGUACGUUAAACGUAGUUAGUUGUUGUUGUUUCAUUUUUAAAUGCUGAACAUAGUUAGAGUUAUUUAGCUGCUGGAGCUGCCAUACAGCUGAAGAGUUUCUCGACGAUUAUAUAGGGCUCAUAUCAUAUCCAUGCAAUGCAGCCUCCAUACGGAUGCAGUCCACACGCUGCAUUGGCAGUCAUUACGAUUUAGUUCCACUUCCAAUUAUAAUUUAAGCAUCAUCUAACAUAUGAAUUAAUUAGUGGAUUUAUCAUGAAUGAAAUUUCGUUAUAAUUAGUUACGCUUCUGUUUCGAUUUCGUACUUCCCCUUAAUGAGUUUGUUUCCAUAACAAAGAAGAUAUACCAGCUGCCAUUGAAUGGUUGAUGGAUUUGCUCUUCAAGACAUAUAGUAUUUCCUAGCCACAAUAGUCUAACCAUUUAUAUAUAUAAACUAUGUAGGUCAGCAUUUGGGCCGUCUACUAGACCGAACUUUCCAGAGUUUAUGUUUCGAAGCGAAUAACGAAAAAAGUGGGCAACAAAUAGGUUUAGACAACUAGUUAAAACCAAUCUUAGAGCUAGACAGCAACAAUUUGAAGAAAAAUAAUUGAAAACAAAGCAAAAGCCGCUGCAAAAUAAAGGUUUAAAACGUUUAAUAAUUAAAUGAAUUAAAUAGACUUGGGAAAUGUUUAAAUUUAGAAUGCUGAACAAUUGAAGAAUACAUAUAAUGCAUACAGACUUACGAGUAUAUAGAUAUAUAGAACUAAAAAGAAGAAGAAAACAAAUUACAAUUAUACAAAACCUUGAUGAGAAAGAUGUUCGAGAGGAAUGCCUAAAAUUAAACAAUUAACAAAACAAUUAAUUAAAGAUACGUUUUCAAGCGUAAUGCGUAAAUGCAAACCGUGAUAUUUGUACUAGUAAAGGCGAAGAUUAGUUUGAGCAUUAAUUAAAUAGAAAUAUAUAUACAGAUAUAUAUAUAUAUAUAUAUAUAAAACUUAAGCAGUAAGAGACGAGGCAAGCAGUUAGAGAUGAAAACAAAACAUAACAAAUUCUUUAAAAUCAUAUGCAUUAAACUAGUUUUGUAUAUGCUUUUUUAGUGUUGAACUUAAAGUCAAACUUGUGCACAUAUAAAUGUUAAAAACAUAACGAGAAGUAUAGACAAACACAUGCUUAAGCCGUGGCAUGGAGGGGUUUUGUUGUUCAGGCCUUAAAAGAACUACUAUAUAGGAAUUACGGGCGCUUUUUUUGACAGUUGGCAGAUUUCAUAAUUUGCUGUAGAGCAAUUGUCAUGUAUGGGAAAAACCUUUUUUGCGAGUGUCUUGGGAACAACAUACAAAAACAAAACAAAACAAAACGAAAAAAAAAACAAUUGGUGUUUGUAUCUAUUGUAUGUCUCUAGGUAUACAUAUAUAUAUAAGUCUACACCUAAAGCAGUUAGCAAUAACUUUUCAAUUCGCUAAAAACAAUUUUAUGCGCUCAACUGUUACGAAACCAACUUAAACUUCAAUUAGCCAGACUAACUAAUGCCCAAGUAAAUAUCAUAAAAGUAAAGAGAAUUAUUGAGAAAGUAGCUAAAAAAUAGACCCAAAAAACCAAACAAUUAAAAACUUGAAGAAAUUUCAUAAAUUAUUGAUAAAGUAUUAAAGUGCCUUAGAG